GGGAGCUGCACACUGCCAGAGAGGAGGAGAGAGCAGAGACCAGAGGAGCGAGGAGGCAGCACGUCUGUCUCUAUCUGUUGCCUCUCGAGCACAGCUGCCGGGCUGCUGCUGCUGCUGCUGCUGCUGCUGCUCACUGCGAGUGGCUCAUCUCGCACAGCGCACACCAGAGUUUCCCAGUGGCAAUACGCACAAGUGUGGGUUCAGCUGUUCCCGUUGUAGCACUGCCACACAUGGGUGAAGGUUUGACUCUCUUCGAUCUGGACUUGACUCAACACCGAUGAUCUCCAGCCAAAUCUGGCAUCUCCUCUCAUUAAGAUGGGAAAUGCCUCAGAAACAUUUCUGCUCGUGUCCAAGAUAUCAAAAGACAAUGACUUCCUCAUGGGGACGAUCUACAUCAUCUUUGGUGUGCUGUCGGUAAUAGGAAAUGGGAUCCUGCUGUUUGUGGCCUAUAGAAAAAAAUCCACCCUGAAGCCUGCUGAGUUCUUUGUGGUUAACUUGGCCAUCAGCGACUUGGGCAUGACCGUGAGCCUGUUUCCGCUGGCGAUCCCCUCGGCCUAUGCUCACAUGUGGCUGUUUAAUGAAACGGUCUGUAUGAUCUACGCCUUCUGUGGCGUUUUGUUCGGCCUGUGCAGUCUGACCAACCUCACAGUGCUCUCCUGCGUCUGCUGGCUCAAGGUCUGCUGCCCAAACUACGGUAACAAGUUUUCGUACUGCCACGCCGGCCUCCUGGUUGCUGGGGUCUGGUGCUAUGCUGGAGUCUUUGCUGUGGGGCCCCUGUCUGGCUGGGGAGAGUACGGGCCCGAGCCUUAUGGGACGGCAUGCUGCAUCAGCUGGCAUGCACCCAGCGUAAGCACUGCAGCUAUGACCUACAUCAUCUGCCUCUUCUUCUUCUGCUACAUCGUUCCGUGCACCGUCAUCUUCCUGUCCUACACAUUCAUCCUGCUGACCGUGCGGGGCUCCCGUCAGGCUGUGCAGCAGCACAUGUCCCCACAGAACAAGAUCACCAAUGCACAUGCACUUAUCAUUAAGCUUUCUGUCGCAGUUUGUAUUGGUUUCUUGACAGCAUGGAGUCCAUAUGCUGUUGUGUCCAUGUGGGCAGGGUUUGGUGACCCAGCAUCUGUACCACCCAUGGCUUUUGCCCUGGCAGCCAUCUUUGCCAAGUCCUCCACCCUCUACAACCCUAUUGUCUACCUGGUCUUCAAGCCCAACUUCCGCAAGUCCCUGUGCCGCGAUGUGGCCCAGUGCAGGAGGACACUCUGUGGAAGUCCGUGCCAGCACAGCUCUGCACAAAAGGGAACUUGCGGACAGCCUCAUCACAAAGAAGAGUGCAACUCAACAAGGUUGUCCAACGGGCUACCAGAGAACCACAGGACCUGCAGACACUGUCCUUGCCCUGAAACAGUCCUUGGUGACAGAGAAAACCUUACAGACAACAGCCCACAGAAGACUGCAAGGAUACUUAAAGGAUCUCUGCACAACGAGGUGGCUAUCAGUCAGCUCUCCAACGAGAUGCAGAGCGACUUCCUCUAGAGGAACAAACGCACCCACACAGUGAGAAGGUGAAAAAUCAGGAAAAGACA